AUCAAAUUAAGGAUUAUAGCUUUCUUCCAGAAUAAUACGCAGAUUGUGAUUCAACAUGGUGAGUGGAGAAAACUCAGAAAUACAGAGUUCCGAUAAAAUUGUUUUGGAGUUGAUGGAUUCGAUGGACAGCUAUCUACUUUUUAUGAAUUCUCUGUCAUCAUCACUUCGCGAGGGAUGGCUGGAGCUGGCGAGUGCUAGGCAUUCCAUGGGCGCUUCACGUAUCAGCAGUGCACUGUUUGAUCUCAAAUCUCAUUCUGCUGCCACUACAUUGCAAUUAAACCAUCAGGAUGCUGGGCCUAAAUCGGAGGAAUCACAUUUCAGUUUGUGCAAGUGGGCAUCAUCUGAGAGUCCAAAAAGCUGUUCUGAGGAAGCAAAAUUUGAGGAGGAUAAGCUGUUACAGAAGAAAUCCAAUAGCCCAAAGGUUCUGAAUCAGGAUGGUUCAUCAAAUUCUGUUCAGGAAGAAGUGUCAGAAGCACCGGAAGCUACCGAAUCACCAUGCACGGUGGAGGAUCAAGCUCGAAAAGAGCGACUCAAGUCAUUAUCCAUGUUUGGAGUGCUGGUCUGUCCAAAGCUUCGAGCUGCCCAAUCGUCAUUUGAGACAGCUCUUGAAACUCUAGUGGAAGUAGCAAAUAAACGGGCAGACCUCCUUAAUGCUUAUGAUCAAAUGCGAGAAAAGAAGGAGAGCACCACCAAAUGACCAAAG